CUGAAGUUGUCGACCUCCAAGGACUUAGGAAGCCUGUGGAUAAUGUGAACUGCGCAGGACGUGUGGAGAAGCCUAGAGUCGCGGAACCUGUAACAUUCGAGGAGGAAGCAGGUGCAGGAGGCACGGGUGAGACCUCGUCACGGUCACGUGCUAGCUUCAACAGCAGCCUCCCUGUUUUCGGGAGUCCAAGGUCUAGUAAGAUCGAUCCGUGUAGCCAAGGUUCCUUUGCUGGUGGAUACGUAGUUCAUGGCGACCAAGGGGGGUCUACUUCUGGCGGCGGGGCCAAUAAACUUGCCUUGUCCCCUCAACAUACCAGGCGGAGUCUGCAAAAACGUACUUCUUCAGCUCACGUUAAAGCGUCUACUCAAGAAGACCAUGAAAGCGAAGAACAGGAAAGCGAGGAUGUGAUAUCUUCUCUCGAAUUGAGUUCUCUGAAACCUCCUCCGACCACGCGGAACACUGUAGUUGCUCAGCCUCCCAGUUUUGCUCCUUCUGCUCACAUGCCUCCUGCGUCCAGUAAGCAAUUUGUGGGAGGUGCUUGGGGUAAUCCUUUCACACAGCGGCCUCCGCAUCAAGCGGUUUUGAAUGGUCCGCCCAACAAAGGUAGUUCAUCUCACAAAGGUUCAUCUAUGCCCUUUAGUACUGGCGUUGCUGCAGGGGGCAAUGGCAAAGGCACAGCAGGCUUAGAGAACCAGAUUCCUCGUGGCCGUUCUGGUACUGUUCGCGGAGCCGGCUAUGACCGCGCAGAGCGCGAUCCCUCCUGCGGCAAGACGAAUCGAGCUGAACCCUAUCCAGCUGCUUCUGCACGUAGCGUUUCUGCUUCUCGGCGCGAAGUGCAAGGACAUGCUGCGACUGUAACGAC